ACUAAUGUAAAAGCUUGAUCUUUUCUGUAUUCCCCUCGGCUACAUUCCUCCAAGCUCACUCAACACCAGGGGAAAAAAAAAGACUUCUUUUUUCUUCAAUACCUCCUUCCUCUUCUCAAAUUUCUUCCUUCUCGCUUCUUCUACGGAGAUUUUUCUGUUAUUUUUUUUUCAGUUCUUUUGUGAAGUGGCGGAAAAAGGGGUUCUUUUUUCCUUUCGUUCUCUGUUUCUCUUUCUCCUCUGUUCCCCUCCUCCGGUGAUCUCUUCGAGCUCUCAGUUUCUGCUUUUUAAUCUAUUUUAAUCCUCACAAGUCGAUUGCUUUAUGCUAUUGGAGGGAAGAAGUGUUCGUCCUUUGAAGGGAAAUUGAUGGAAUCGAUGGCGCCAUUUCUCCUUCUGCUUCUGGCGAUCUCAGUGGUUCAUGCUGACGAAGGGGCGUACAUCGGGGUGAACGUCGGGACGGCGCUGUCGGACAUGCCGUCGCCGACGCAGGUGGUGGCGCUGCUGAAGUCGCAGGAGAUCCGGCACGUGCGGCUGUACGACGCGGACCCGGCCAUGCUGGCGGCGCUCGCCAACAGCGGCAUCCGCGUCACCGUCUCCGUCCCGAACGAGCAGCUCCUCGCCGUCGGCCAGUCCAACGCCACCGCCGCCAACUGGGUCUCCCGCAACGUCGUCGCCCACGUCCCCGCCGUCAACAUCACCGCCGUCGCCGUCGGCUCCGAGGUCCUCACCGCCCUCCCCAACGCCGCCCCCCUCCUCGUCCCUGCCGUCCGCUACGUCCACUCCGCCCUCGUCGCCGCCAACCUCGACCGCCAGAUCAAAGUCUCCACCCCCCACUCCUCCUCCAUCAUCCUCGACUCCUUUCCCCCCUCCCAAGCCUUCUUCAACCGCUCGCUAGAGCCGGUCAUGGUCCCCAUGCUCAAGUUCCUCCAGUCCACCGGCUCCUACCUUAUGCUCAACGUCUACCCCUACUACGACUACAUGCAAUCCAACGGCGUCAUCCCUCUGGACUACGCGCUCUUCCGACCGCUACCGCCCAACAAGGAGGCCGUGGACGCCAACACUCUCCUCCACUAUACCAACGUCUUCGACGCCGUCGUCGACGCGGCCUACUUCGCCAUGGCUUAUCUCAACGUCACCAACGUCCCCGUCGUCGUCCUCGAGUCCGGCUGGCCCCACAAGGGCGACCCGUCAGAAGAGCCGGACGCGACCGCCGACAACGCCGAUACCUACAACAGCAACCUCAUCCGUCACGUGCUCAACAGCACCGGCACCCCCAAGCACCCGGGCAUCGCCGUGCCGACCUACAUUUAUGAGCUGUACGACGAGGACCAGCGGCCCGGGGCGGUGUCGGAGCGGAACUGGGGGCUGUUCGAUGCGAAUGGGGUGCCGGUUUACACGCUGCACCUGACGGGGUCCGGGGUGUUGCUGGCGAACGACACGACGAACCAGACGUACUGCAUCGCGAAGGAGGGGGCGGAUGCGAAGCUGCUGCAGGCGGCGCUCGACUGGGCGUGCGGUCCGGGGAAGGUGGAUUGCUCUGUGCUGAUGCAGGGUCAGCCCUGCUAUGAUCCUGACACGGUGGAGGCGCAUGCGACGUAUGCCUUCAAUGCGUACUACCAUGGGAUGGGGAUGGGUUCAGGGACGUGCUACUUCAAUGGCGUUGCCACCAUAACGACCACAGAUCCAAGCCAUGGUGACUGUACGUUUCCUGGAAGCGGCGGGAAGAAUGGCACCUUCUUGAAUGGCACCUCAUUGGCACCCUCCUCAAAUUCCACCUCAGCUCAAUCUGGAUCUCCUCACAGUUACCGUGACAUCAUGCAGCUCCUUCAAAUCGUUGGAGUCUUUCUAUUGAGUCUGCCAUUAUUCUUGUAGUGUAUGAUCUCUCUCUUUUCUUUUCUUUUCCUUUCUUUUCUUUUUGUUCGAGUGAUCUGUAUCAGAAGCUCUGGAAUGAAAAAUUGGAUUGAA